CUGCAUCGAAGCUGCACAGAGGUGGAGUAGCUACAACGUAAAGCAAACAUUUUUACGCACGACAAAAAUCAUUUCUAACGGCGACACAGAAACGCACACAUUGUUCCUGAAUAGAGACAACAAAGUCUGGGUAUAACAAAAAAGGCACUAAAAGCUUUGUGAAACAUGGAGAUGAGGAGAAGUCAUCCUGAGAGGAGUCGUCGUCAUCAUCCGUACACAAACAAUAAGCUGCCGUUUAGACAUGUGUACAAAGACCACACCUUCACCAAAGCAGAAAGUGGUAGUAGACAAUUACACGAUACUGAUUGGAGAAGAAAGGAAUAUGCAUUCAGACCCUAUAAACAACCAAAUAUGCGCCUAGGAGAACAUUUUGAUUUGAAGAAACAUCUUCUGGAGAUGAUUGUUACAGAUCUGCAGACACCAACAUUCAUUGAAGAAUACGGAUACCGCCGCUUCAUGAACGCUCUAAAUCCAAGUGCUUAUCUUGCACUGAGUGCCUCUGAGAUGCGAAAAGAACUGGUGAAUAUGUAUGUUUCCACAAAGAAGAAAGUGAUGGAUGCAGUAAGAACUGCCAAAGACCCAGUGCUCUCGGCUGAACUGUGGAUCUCAAGCAAAGAAGAAUCCUAUCUGACAGUAACAUGUCACUUCAUUGAUAAUAAGUGGAAACUGAAAUCCUACACACUGGACACGGCUCAGCUACUCGGCGAACACACGCCAGAAAAUGUUUAUCGGCAGCUAUGGAGAAUUUCAGAAGAAUGGGAGAUCACAAAGAAAAUUCAGGUGGUGGUCAAUAAUGUUGAUGGAAUGAAAAAGGUUAGUCAACAUUUAAACUGGACAUACAUACCCUGCUUCAGCCACACUCUCAACAAAGUCAUCCUAGAAGUUGUAGCUAGCCCUGAUUGGAGAUAUCUGCUGAAGAAAUGCCGCCAUAUCGUUCAGUUUUUCCACCAGGAAAAUGAAGCAUUAUGGAGUGACCACUUGGCCCAGUCUUCUUGUGUUGACUGGCUUUCGACACUAAACAUGGUGGAAACGAUCUGCAAGCAGUGGCCAAAGUUUUCCCAACUCUCCAGUUACAAACAAGCAGAUAAACUUUGGCUGAAUGAAAAUGAAAGGAAGUUGCUUGAAAAUAUAACAAAGGCUCUUACUGUUGUUAAAGAUGUGACAUGGGAGAUUGGGACACGUGGAUAUGUUCAAAUCUCCAACAUCAUACCUCUGCUUGUCAAGCUUAAUUUGAGAAUCCAAAGGCUAAGACAACAAGGCAACAGUGUAGCCUUGAGACUCAUUGAGAAAUGUCAUCACCACUUUGGAAACAUCAACAAAAAUAUAUGGUUCAUUGUUAGCACAGCACUGGACCCUAGAUUCAAAAGCAGUGUACUGAAGAAUGAAGAGGAAAUAGUCAAAACAAAGAUAAAAGAAGAAAUGUGCAAACUGGCAAGUGCUGUGAUGAGUAACGAUUGCCAGAGAAACAUUUCAGGCAAGGUGAAUUAUGAAGAUUUAUUCCUGCAGUAUGCUAUAGAAGGUGAUGUCUCAGCAACUCCACUUCAAUACUGGGGAGCUAUGAGCAAGUCUAAUGACAUGUCAAUGGUUGCACACAAAUACCUCAGCGUGAUCUCCACUGCUAUUCCAAUAGAGCGGAUGAUACAUGAGGACAAAUCCCGGUUUCUUUUCAACAGGAGGAAAUGCUUGGAGCCAAAAGAUAUCAACAUGAUGCUGUUUCUGAAUGGUAAUCACCAAAAGAUAUGAAUUGUGGUGGUGUGGGAAACACUGUUCUACUAGAAUUUCUAAACACUACACACUUUCCUGAACUAUUUGAAUUCUCUUAUAACUUGUAGUAAAUGUCAUUCACGGCAUUUAAAAUCGAGCGACAUUGUCAUUUCUCCACUCAAUUGAACAUCAAAGGAGUUCUGUUUACAUUAAUAAGAAGACAUUUGUCUUGUUAUUAAUGUUUCUAGAGGGUUCAUGAUGUGAUCAUGCAGGAGCAUCAUAGACAUCUGGGAAGAUAAUUCAAACCUGAAGUCGUUAGGAUUAUGUCAAAUCAAGAUGUGAACACGUGAUCCAAACACAUGAUCGCCACAUUGUGUGAGGACACUUACUCUCUAUGGGACAGCCAGUUCAUUACACCAUACACCAACACACACACUCACACACAAUGUCACCAAACCACUGACCAGUAUGUUUUUGUGUCAUUUUUGUGGGAGAAAACCAGUGAACCCAGAGAAAUCCUGCAUGAAGAUGGAGAGAACAUUUGAAACGCUGGACUGACAAGCUGAGAGACCAUGCCAAUGCCAAAUGCCAAAAAAGAAAUGCUGUUUUUGUUUAACUUCUGCUUUUUCAAACCUUCUGUGAUUUUUACCUAUUUAUAUAUGUAAAAAAAGCUCUGAAAACACUAUGUAGAGAAAUAUAAAUGUAACUGUAUGAAGCAAUACUGUACUGUCUGAUCAUGUGAGACAAAUUAAACAUGGUUAACCAUA